AUGAGGCCUGGUCGACUUAAAUGGCUGAUUACAGUUAAGGAUACUACUGUUCGGCCUACAGAUGUAUGGCUAUGCGGUUAUAUGAAGUCAGGCAACACUUGGCUCUCAGAGAUUGUGUCCCUAAUAAUGGCCGACGGAGUGGUCGAUAGAGUGACAGAUCGGCCCAUAUCUGAGAGGGUGCCCAACAUUUUCAAUUCACCCGAUAAUCACUUCAAUUGUGAUUCAUUUAAGAAGUUAACUGAUCCCAGAAUUACUGUCAACCAUUUGGAGCUCAAAUAUUUACCACGUUUUGAGGGAAAAGAAGGAAAGAUGAUAUACAUUAUGCGUAACCCAAAGGACGUUUGUGUCUCGUUAUAUCACGUCCACCACAUGUGGGAUAACUCGCCCAUAGAUUGGGAUGACUUCUGCCAACUCUUUCUCGACGGACACCUAAUGCAAGGCGAUUGGUUGUCACACGUGACCGACUUCUGGCUCACGUACGGCACUGGGAAUCACCCGAACGUACUGUUCAUAGCGUACGAGGAGUUGAUCGCAGACUCGGCGGCAAUGAUCGCCACAAUCGCCCGCUUUCUCGGCAAACAGUUUACGGCCGAAACGGUGGCCAACAUUACGACUCACUGUUCGCUGCAGACUAUGCGCGACAAUCCGAUGGCUAAUCAAUCAGAUCUGAUAACCCGUUUUGGUAAACCGGGCGCACAAUUCGUACGGAAGGGAACUAUAGGCGACUGGAGGGCACACAUGACUGACACACAGUCGGCACUGUUUGACGAGCGUUUUGGGCAACAAUUGAGAGCUAUUGGACUCCAUGUGUGCGACGACUUGGCCUCAGCCGAGACCGUUAUGCGCGCAACCGGUCGUUUUAAACAUUAA